AUGGCUGCCGCUCCUCCCAACACCAUCUAUCCUCAAAGCCAUGUCGGUUUCGACAGCAUCACUUCCCAGAUUGAGAAGAAGCUCUUGAAGCGCGGUUUCCAAUUCAACGUCAUCUGCGUUGGCCAGACCGGCAUGGGCAAGUCAACGCUCAUUAACACCAUCUUCGCUUCUCACCUGAUCGACUCCAAGGGUCGCUUCCAGCCCGACGAGCCUAUUCGCCAGACCACUGAGAUCCAGGCCGUUUCUCACAACAUUGAGGAGAACGGUGUCCGACUUAGACUCAACAUUGUCGAUACUCCCGGUUACGGUGACCUUGUCAACAACGACCGCUGUUGGGACCCCAUCGUCAAGUACAUCAAGGAUCAGCACUCCGCGUACUUGCGCAAGGAGCUCACUGCACAGCGAGAGCGCUACAUCCAGGAUACCCGUAUUCACUGCUGUCUCUUUUUCAUCCAGCCAUCGGGCCACUCUCUCAAGCCCAUUGAUAUUGUCGUCUUGAAGAAGCUGUCUGAUGUCGUUAACGUAGUGCCUGUCAUUGCCAAGGCCGACACCCUGACUGUUGAAGAGCGUCAGGAGUUCAAGGAGCGCAUCAAGGAGGAGUUUGCUUUCCACAACCUCAAGAUGUACCCCUACGAUAACGAGGAGUUUGAUGAUGAGGAGCGUGCUCUGAACGGUCAGAUCAAGAAUCUUGUUCCCUUCGCUGUUGUCGGUUCCGAGAAGUCGAUCAUCGUCAAUGGUAAGCAGGUCCGCGGCCGCCAGAACCGAUGGGGAGUCAUCAACGUCGAGGACGAGACUCAUUGCGAAUUUGUCUACCUGCGAGACUUCCUUCUCCGAACCCACCUCCAGGACCUUAUCGAGACCACCUCUCAGAUCCAUUACGAGACCUUCCGUGCCAAGCAACUGCUGGCCCUGAAGGAGAGCAGUGCUCACGGUGGUGCUAGCAGCCGACCCAUCAGUCCUGCCGCCGACCGCGAGUUGAGCCGAAACUCGCAACGAAUGACGAUGAACGGCUACUAG